UUGAUAAAGCGCUUUGUUUUGGUGCUGCGCUCAGCAUUCGAAAGCAUCAUCUUAUUCUCGAGUGUAAGAGAAUUGUAUAAACGUGAAAGUAUUGCCGACCACGUUGGGAUACGAAAAAUGUUUUCAACAUUGGGCUAUGCAAGGGUGGUGUCAGCUACACAAUUCGAGUGCAUUGUUUGUAGACUGACCAAGAACACGGUGGCGGAAUUACAUCGACAUCAAACUUUUCUUCACACAACUGAAGAACUAUCGCUUGCUGUGAUAGGUCUUCGAAAUAGUCUUAUAAACAACGCAGUAAAUAGCCAGAAUGCAACUUCUUGUUCCUGGCUCUACAAGCCUCUCAAACACUCAGAAUUUUAUUCCUUGUCUGCGAUACUUUUGGAUGACGAGCACAACUUUGCAAGAUUUGAACGCUCUGUUCCUCUUGACUGUGUUGUUAAAAGAAAAUGUGCAAACACAGAGGAACUCUGUGUACCAAAAGCUAGACUUUUGAAAACUCUCGAGGACAAAAGAAUUCGAAGACGAGAACAGAAUCGUCGAGCCAAGAUUUUUCGAACCUUAAACAAUGGCGUUUUGGAUCUUAGCUUGCCGAAAAGCAGUCGAAAAGGCAAAUCCAAGCUGAAGAAUACCGUUGCAAAUACUUUCUAUCAAGGAAAUAUACAGAGUGCUGCAAUCUUAGAUAGCCGCAAAGAGAAAAAAUUGUCAAAGGAGACAAGCGGAAACAAAAAACGGAUGGACAACCCUGCACCGCUUAAGCAGGAACCAAUUUCAAUGGACGAAGAAUAUCGUGAAGAAAAAAAAACAGCUAUGCCACAAACUACACAUUUGUUGGAUGAAGUCUUGAAGCUGGCAGUCAAGUCUUUCAAAAACGAGGAAAGUUUGGAGAAUAGUAUAUAUGAUGACGAUGCAGAAGAAACAAGUGAAUGCAGUAAUUUGGUUGUGGAUGAGUUUUCUCAUCUUGGGUCUUCAUCAAUUCCAUUGCGUGUAAGUGAUUUUUCAUCCAAACCCGAAGCUUAUUACAAAAACAGAACUGAAAAGAAUAAAGGACUAACUGAAAAUAAACGAAAAAGUUGUAAGAAGGAUCGACUUUCAGGUAGAGUUGGAAAAAGAUCUUCAAAGAAAUCAAAAAAAGGUGCUUUGAAAAACAGAAACAAAAAAUCUUCUCAAAGUACGAAACACCGAAAGAUAGAAGCUGAUGAAAAUUUCGACGAUCACACUUGCUUCAAUAUUUCUGAGAUUCCUGGAGAAACUAGUGACACGACCGAGAUCAUUUACAAACAAGAUGAAAUACCGAAUGUCCAUGAAGAAUACUCCAGCGAUGACAUUCAUCCCAAUCCACUUAAUCAUCAUGAUGAUUCGCAAUUGGAUGGUUUCCAGGGAGUCACACAAUUUCCUGCGUAUCCAGAAGACAUAGAUGAGCAUUCGAUUCUCGUCUUUGAUCCGGAAUCACGCGGCCUCGUUUGGACGUCAUUUGAACUUGUUGACGAUCCGAGGUCGUCAAAUGGAGAGAAAAAUUCUGAGGACAUGGAAAGCGAUAUUCAGCCGAAAAAAAUCGAAACGAUUUUACAUCAUGGAAACAACAACUUUUUUUUUGAUUAUUGCACUUUACAGAAUUUUCAGCAACGACAAAAUCUAUCAUUUCAGCAUGGACUUGAUAAGAAUAUAACAAUGAUGGAAGAAGAAGAAACUUCAACGAAUACCCUCGCUUUUCUACGUCCAAAAAGACGCAGAACGUGUCCUGAUCGUUACAUACCUCAUUGAAAUAUUACUUGCGUCGUCUUGAAACUUUUUGACUUUUUUUUUUGUAAGUUCGUGCAUAAAAAAUGUACAUUAGUCAUGUAUUAACGUGGUCAGUUCUUUUGUUUUGAAUAUGUUUUUUUUACUUUGUGAUAUAAAAAAGUAACUAAUAGAACUUUACCCCAGGGACGUGUAAAGAACAAGAUGAUUAGAAAUAAAAAUCUCUCGUCAUUUUGGAUAAAAAAGAAUGUUGAGUAUGACUAUUCAAAAUAUCUCAAUAAAACUUUAUAGAAAAUAUA